AUGGCAAGGUUCAAGAAGAGAAGUUCGAGCUUCAUCGAUGAUGAUGGUGACUCCGAUGUAGCCCAGACUUCAAAGGCGACCAAGAAGGCAAAGACUGUCAGCUCCAGUCAAGGCGAGGGGAAGGAUGCGGAGGGCAACCCUUACUGGGAGCUCUCUAGCAAGAGACGCAUUGGUGUCUCAAAGUUCAAGUCAAACCUUCUAAUCAAUAUCCGAGAGUACUACGAUGCCGAUGGCGAGAUGAAGCCUGGCAAGAAGGGAAUUUCACUCUCCAUUGACCAAUAUCAAGCGCUGCUGAAAGCUGUUCCUGCUAUCAACAAGGAACUGCGUAAGCAAGGUCAUGAUAUUGCCGAGAUUGAGGCUCCGGCGGCUGAGGCAGAGGUUGCCAAGCCAGCGAAAUCGAAGAAGCAGAAGACGCCAAAGUCGAACUUUGAGGCGACCAGUGACGAGGAAGAGGAUUCGGAUUGA